AUGGAGCCCUCGGGCCAGACCCACCCGCCCCACGAGCCCAUCAGCUUCGGCAUCGACCAGAUCCUGAGCAGCCCGGAGCCGGGCAGCUGCUCGGGGCCGGGGCCGGGGCCGGGGCCGGGGCCGGGCCGCCCGGCGGGGGAGCCGGACUACGCGCUCUACGGGAGCGGCUGCGGCGGCGCCUACAGCCCCGCCUGCUCGCUGGGCUCCCCCGGCCUCGGCCGGAGCAUGAGCGUGGCCCCGGGGGGCCCCGCGGGAGGGGUGAUCCGGGUGCCGGCGCACAGACCCCUGCCCCCCGCGCCGGGGGCGCCCGGCCUCCCCGGCCUCCCCUUCCCCUGGAUGGAGAGCAGCAGGCGGCUCGCCAAAGACCGGCUUUCAGCUGCCCUGUCCCCGUUCGCGGUGACGCGGCGCAUCGGGCACCCCUACCAGAACCGCACCCCCCCCAAGAGGAAGAAGCCGCGCACCUCCUUCAGCCGGGUGCAGAUCUGUGAGCUGGAGAAGCGCUUCCACCGGCAGAAGUACCUGGCCUCGGCCGAGCGGGCCACCCUGGCCAAGGCCCUCAAGAUGACAGACGCCCAGGUGAAGACCUGGUUCCAGAACCGCCGCACCAAGUGGAGGAGGCAGACGGCCGAGGAGCGGGAGGCCGAGCGCCAGCAGGCCAACCGGCUGAUGCUGCACCUGCAGCAGGAGGCCUUCCAGAAGAGCCUGAGCCAGCCGCUGCCGCAGGACCCGCUCUGCAUGCACAACUCCUCCCUCUGCGCCCUGCAGAACCUGCAGCUCUGGGCCGAGGACAAGAAGGUCACGUCCGUCUCCGGGGUGGCAUCUGUGGUGUGAGGCCCCCGUGCUGCCCCCUGGAGCAGGGGGAGAGACCUGUCUGCACAUCCCCACGAGGCUGCGGGGUGGCAGGGGCGGAGGCCGGACCCUCCAUGCCUGCUGCAGAUGCAGACCCCUGGGGCCCAGGGACCAGGAUGCCGGU